AUGUCGCAAGGAGUAAAAGCAGUACAGAUGCUCAAGGGGAUCAUAACCAAUACAGCAGUUCCAGGCCUACACAGUCUGGUGGAAGAUGCGCGCCGAUUCAUUCUUUCUCAUGCUCGCGCCAUCGAGAUUGCUCCAUUGCAGGCUUAUGCGUCCGCACUCGUGUUCAGUCCUGAACACAGUCUCACCAGAGAGCUCUUUAAGAAGGAGGAGCCGGAUUGGAUGGUAUUGAAGCCAAGAAUGGAGGCAGAUUGGAACGCUUACGAGAAGACGCUUGAGGGCCAUGGCGAUUCGGUGACGUCGGUGGUGUUCUCGGCAGAUGGCCAGCGUAUUGCAUCUGGCUCAGAUGAUAAGACAGUCAAGAUCUGGGACGCGGCCACGGGAGCAUGCAAGCAAACCCUCGAGGGCCAUGGCAAUUGGGUGACGUCGGUGGUGUUCUCGGCAGAUGGCCAGCGUCUUGCAUCUGGCUCAGUUGAUAGCACAGUCAAGAUCUGGGACGCGGCCACGGGCGUAUGCGAGCAGACCCUCGAGGGCCAUGGCGAUUCGGUGAAUUCGGUGGUGUUCUCGGCAGAUGGCCAGCGCCUUGCAUCUGGCUCAGGUGAUAACACAGUCAAGAUCUGGGACGCGGCCACGGGAGCAUGCAAGCAAACCCUCGAGGGCCAUGGCAAUUGGGUGACGUCGGUGGUGUUCUCGGCAGAUGGCCAGCGUCUUGCAUCUGGCUCAGUUGAUAGCACAGUCAAGAUCUGGGACGCGGCCACGGGCGUAUGCAAGCAAACCCUCGAGGGCCAUGGCGAUUCGGUGAGCUCGGUGGUGUUCUCGGCAGAUGGCCAGCGUCUUGCAUCUGGCUCAGAUGAUAAGACAGCCAAGAUCUGGGACGCGGCCACGGGCGUAUGCAAGCAAACCCUCGAGGGCCAUGGCAAUUGGGUGACGUCGGUGGUGUUCUCGGCAGAUGGCCAGCGCCUUGCAUCUGGCUCAGGUGAUAAGACAGUCAAGAUCUGGGACGCAGCCACGGGCGCAUGCGAGCAAACCCUCGAGGGCCAUGGCGAUUGGGUGACGUCGGUGGUGUUCUCGGCAGAUGGCCAGCGUAUUGCAUCUGGCUCACGUGAUGGGACAGUCAAGAUCUGGGACGCGGCCACGGGCGCAUGCAAGCAAACCCUCGAGGGCCAUGGCAAUUGGGUGACGUCGGUGGUGUUCUCGGCAGAUGGCCAGCGUAUUGCAUCUGGCUCAGGUGAUAAGACAGUCAAGAUCUGGGACGCGGCCACGGGCGCAUGCAAGCAAACCCUCGAGGGCCAUCGCCAUUGGCGUAUUGCAUCUGGCCCAGGUGAUAAGACAGUCAAGAUCUGGGACGUGGCCACGGGCGCAUGCAAGCAGACGCUUGAGGGCCAUCGCAAUUGGGUGAGGUCGGUGGUGUUCUCGGCAGAUGGCCAGCGUAUUGCAUCUGGCUCAGAUGAUAAGACAGUCAAGAUCUGGGACGCGGCCACGGGCGCAUGCAAGCAGACGCUUGAGGGCCAUCGCAAUUGGGUGAGGUCGGUGGUGUUCUCGGCAGAUGGCCAGCGUAUUGCAUCUGGCUCAGAUGAUAAGACAGUCAAGAUCUGGGACGCGGCCACGGGCGCAUGCAAGCAGACGCUUGACGUUGGGAGAGUAUUAUAUCACCUUUCAUUUGAUCCAACGUCAAAUGCUCUCCUCUCUACCGAUAUUGGACUUCUAAAUCUGGAUCACUUGGCUCUGCCGCCCGCCAUUAAUGAUCGGUCGACUGAGAUAACAUUACCGCGUGUUAGCCAUUCUGGAUGGGGUAUAAGCGCGGAUGGCGAAUGGAUUGUUGAAGAUGGAAAGAAGAUGCUUUGGCUGCCUCCGGGCUAUCGAGGGGCAUGCCCGCUAUUGAUAGAUCAACGGUCGCUAUCGGCUAUGAUUCAGGUCGUGUCGGUUUUGAGCUACGAACUGCGCCCAGUUGAGGCAUUGCGGCAGUGGAGGGCCGAUAGAAAAAGGCCAUGCCGGCCUAUAGAGGGUCUUACCAUGUACGAAGGCUACAUCUGCACCUGCACGGAAGUCCAAUGUGACUAUUGCACGCGGCGGGCUAGGAAGAUGUACGAUCACAUGCCGGUUCACGGGAGGAAGGCCUCGGAGCAUACGAACGCUAUGCCUCUCUGGAGGGCAUGCAAGCUCCAGACAUACUUCACGGCUAAGGGCCUUAUCGACUAUUUUCUGGUCGAAGAAGACCCAUCUCUGCCACUAACGGGAGGAGCGCUGGCAGGGUCGGGCCUGUCCAUCAUGGCGUCCACGUCACAGGAGGAGGGAAAGCUGUUUGAAGACCUAAAGGCUGACAUUAUCCAGGCCUCGCGCGACCUAGAUAAGGAGGCCGAGAUUGUGCAAGACGUCGAGGCGUCACGGGCUGAUCGGGUACCCUGGCUUGUCCAUACCGGGUUCCCUACGCACCUGCAGGGUCUCCGCGAUACCGAGAUCAUGUCGUCAUAUGCAUUACCACGAAGCGGGGACGAUGAUGACGACGACGGCGGCGGCGGCGGCGGCGAUGGUGAUGAUGAUGACGAUGACGAUGACGAUGACGAUGACGAUGACGAUGACGAUGACGAUGACGAUGACGAUGACGAUGAUGGAGAAGAAGAAGGCGGCGCAGUUGACACGGAUAUAGAUCUCAGGCGUAUUCUUGCCGCAGCCGAGUACACUCAGAGAUGCAUAUAA